GUCCCCCGAAACAUGAUAAAACGAGAGGCUGCCUUCGCCUGCGCCCUUUGCCAACAUGCACACGGAGAGCGGAGCCGCUCACUGCAGCACUACAACGCCCAGCGUCGCCGCCAGUGACAGCGAGGCAGUGUAAACACAACUCCAGGAACAUGAAAAGAUCGGGUGACAGUGAGGGGGAGAAGAGAAGAAAGAGGCGGAAGUUACUUCUGGAGUUGGGAGACCAGAAGAUUCCCUUCCUGGGACCUUCAGAACGAGGCUUUCAGCAGCUGUGGGACUCCAGCUACUCUGGCCUUGUUCUAAGGAGAUCCUGCUCGCUGCCUGCUGAGCUCCAUGGCAGAGUACAGGCAGCUCUGCUCACACUGAGAACUAAGGGCUGUCUUCUGAAGGAUCUGGUUCGCGUUCGAGACCGAGAUGUGUUCACCGCCGUGUCACGGGCUCUUGUGGGGGAGCCCGGCCACACCUAUCGCUAUCUGGACACGCGGCUCUUUGCCAUCCCUUGGCACAGUGAGGACGCUGAGGUCAAAGGACUGAACUGUUGUGACCCCGACUUGAGAGCUGCAUGCAAAGCAUUGUGGGAGCUUAACACCUUCUUCUGCUCUGAUGUGUCUGAUCUGAAGGAAGGGGACAGGCUCACGCAAUGUUUGAAGGCGGAGGUCGAGGCCACACAGGGUAAAGAGGGGGACACGGAGUCUAAGCACAGCGAAGACUCAAAGAACAGUGAAGGAGGUGACUCGGAAUCCAGACAAAGUGAGGAGGGGGACACGGAGUCCAAGCACAGCGAGGAGUGGGACACUGAGUCAAAACACAGUGAAGAAGGGUGUGCAGGGUCAAAACAAGAAGGAGACUGGGAGACUGAGUCCAGACACAGCAGUGAGGAGGGAGAGUCCUCCCAGGUCAAACCAGGUGGAGCCAGUGUCUCACAACUGAGUGAAGGGAAAGUCCCUACCUGGGCGUUGAAGCCCAUCACUGGCACAGAGGCUGACCCAGUGGGACUAGUGGCCCGUGGGAAAUCUGCGGCCAAGCUAAAGUUCAGCAUGUCAGAUGACCACAUAGAAGACAAGGAGGAUCAGGAAAGUGUGCAGGGCUGUUCCCAGCCCAGUCCACCACAGGUAUGCACUGGUCUGGACAAGUUCAAUGUCACCCUACUCAACUACAUGGAUCCAGCAGCUAUGAGCCAGCUGAAAGAGGAGCCAUACUACGGAAUGGGCAAAAUGGCAGUGGGGUGGCACCACGAUGAGAACCUUAUCACUCAUUCACCGGUGGCUGUUUAUAGCUAUAGCUGUCAUGAUGACAAAGGUGGAAGCGGCGAGGGCGGCAGCGGGCAGAAGACGUGCUGGAGGGUUGGGCUGAAGGUAGCCUGGGACAUCCACACACCUGGCCUUGUACUGCCAUUGGAGUCUGGAGACUGCUAUUACAUGAGAGACGACCUGAACAGUACCCAUCAGCACUGCGUCCUAUCUGGAGACAAUGCUCGCUUUAGUUCCACGCACAGAAUGGCUGAGUGUUCCAGAGGGACCCUGACCUACAUCCAGUCACGCUGCCAAGAGGCCCUGUCUAACCUCCACACUGACCCAGAGACAGGCUCCCACAGCCUGCUGGCCCUGCUGCCGACAACGCUACAGCACUGUGAGGAGAUUCACAAUGAGGUGGAGUUUGAGUGGCUGCGACAGUACUGGUUUCAGGGACAGCGCUAUGCCCGCUUCUGCAGCUGGUGGACCAGACCAAUGGAGCAACUUGAGAAAGACUGGAGGCUCAUGGAGACCAUGACUAUGCUCUUCCUGGCGUCAGUGGAGGAGGAGGAGGGCAGGGCAGGCGAGGGACGGAGGGAGAUGGCAGAAACCCUGCUGUCCGCCUUGACAGAUAGACACCAGCAAAGACAGACAUGGAGAGACAGGGCCCACUGCAGUAAGGAAGCAGGAAGAAUCCAAGGGCAGGAGGAGUCGUUUAGUUCUCAGCAGGUGUGGCUGCGUGGGCCAGGUGCACACGGCGCUGCGUCACAAGGUGUCACUCCAGCCUGGCCCAGACGUUACCGCCUGAGGAGGCUCCAGUGGACCGACCCUUCUGGGGCACGGAUGACCCCAACAUGCCGCUCCCCUUUGAUCUGGCUGACAUCAUCAACAGAGUGGAGUCACUUCUCUGGAGGAUGUGAAGGAUGGAUAGAUGAAGACAAGAUGAAAUACCUACCAGCUUUUUCCGAAUGGCCCCCCUAUUUGCUGAGGGGACAGACAACUGACGGCAUCUCUGUUGUGAUCUCAUGGAGACUGAUACUCUUUUGAGUGGGGCAUCUACAUCACCCCUUGGGCCACCCUCCCCCCCCCUGACCACCCCAGCUCACCCUGGCAUCGCGGCGUCUGUAGCUUGGAUUUGGCUAGAAGGAACCCAGAGCUCCACAAUAGAACCAGAAUAGUGCUUCAGUAACAUGCUAACAACACAGGCUUAGCAACAAGCUGUUAGGGUCACAAAUGGUCUAACAAAUACUAAGUGGAACCUGCAUUUCAGUGUUAGCAUACAUUGUGCAACUGCAGUAUUUAUUAAUUCACUGUACUUUGUUACUUACUCUCAUGUAACCCAGUCAUGCUUUUAUCAGUGGAUUGACUCAUUCUUCGUAGUCCCAGUUCAGUACAUACACAUAUAUGCUUUCACACAGUGUUAUAAUACAGUAUAGAAUGGUAAAAAAAAAAAAAACAAACAAAAAAAAAAACAACGAAAUGGUAUUGUAUAGUUUAAUCCUGCUUAAUGUGUUCGGAAGUGGAAUGAGCUUGGAAAGAGACCAAAGAAAGAUAUGACAAAAAAAAAAGUUCUGAAUGUUUUUUUCUUCUUUUUUUCUUUCUUCUGUUGACGUUGCAAAGGUGCGCUUGUGUAGUAAGUGUAGCGUGGCAGUGUGUGUGUGUGUGUGUGUGCGUUUGUCAUCAUGUGACGAUACAUGUGAUCAGUCGCCGGUUGCGUGUUUGUGCAUGCGCACGUUGCCUCUCCCAUGUGUCUACAGGAGGGUGUGUGUGUAAGAAGGUGAUAGAGUGCGUGUGUGUGUGUGUGUGUGUGUGUGUGUGUGUGUUAGCCUGUAGGCAGCCUGCCAGUUGUUUGUUCUUGAAGACGUGCAUAUGGAGAAACAGAGACUAGCAGCAGGGCCCCUCUGCCUCUGCUCUGAUGAAAGGCAACACUGAUAGAAUGACCUGGAACAUAACCGCUGUUUCUCAUAAUUACAGCUGUUCAAUCGCUUUUAAUUACUCUUAAAGUGUGUACAGCACCACAUUCCCCUGUAAUGCUGCAGGCCAUCUGAGAAAGUGAGAGAAAGAUCCAGCGCUUCUGACAAAAUCCACUUUCAAAAAAAACAACUAAAAAGGGUGGAAAAGGGGGCCAACGUCAAAGCAGUGUAGCAGCCCUUACUCGUUUGAUUUCUCUCUCUGUCAUGAUGAAGUAGGGACGCUGUUUACUACUAAAAUUGUAGAAUACGCUCCUUUUUCUUUUUUUUUACUUCUGAAGUUUUUUUCCAAGAUGUUAAUGGUUGCCAAAUGCUGUUGUUGCUGCUUUGUUUUUUUUUGCUGCGCCUCUGUUGUUGUCAGAGAUUUGUUUGUAGAUCGGCAGUAGCAUUGACUCGUUUGAAUCACUCUGUGCUCUCUUCGCCACAGCUUGUCAGUCUAAAGCAAUAGGAAUGGCAGUAAUUAAAAACUGUGUUUUAUCCAAUGA